UCCUUCUCUCAAGCAUUGAAAUGAUAAAAACAUUGCAGUGGUGUUUUGAACAUCGAUCUUGACAGGCAAACCCUAGAUUUUACCUCACCUACUCGAGGUUAAAAAAUUUAAAGGAAACGACGACCGAAAGCUUUAAUUGCAAGUAGGCCAGACAUCGGAUCUUCUCUCUUAAGGGCUAAGCAAAACCCAUCUCUCCUCUUUCUUCUAUCUUCUUUCUCAUCUCUCUCUCUCUCUCUCUCUCUCUCUCUCUCUCUCUCUCUCUCUCUCUCUCUCUCUCUCUCUUCUCUUGUAUAAGCUCCACUGAGCUCUGUUUUCGUUUUUACCGUAGAUUGUUUCGAGUCUCUUUCUCUAUAUAUUUUCACCAGCCUUUAAUCUUUGGAGGGUUCUGUAAAAAAAUGGCAUCUUCUAGAUUCCAAUCUGGGUUUUGUCCUAUCUCUUCGUGUCCUUCUCUUGGGAAUUUCGUGGAAAGGAUUAAAGACGCAUGUCGUUUCACCCUCUCCGCUGUUUUAGGGACAAUUCUCUCGGCGAUCUUGACUUUCUUCUUCGCAUUAGUGGGCACACUGCUUGGAGCACUUACUGGAGCCUUGAUAGGCCAAGAAACCGAGAGUGGAUUCAUCCGAGGAGCAGCAGUUGGAGCCAUUUCAGGAGCUGUUUUCUCUAUCGAAGUCUUUGAAUCAUCUCUUGUUCUCUGGAAAUCUAAUGAGUCACGUUUUGGAUGUCUCCUCUACUUGAUUGAUGUCAUUGUUAGUCUAAUAAGUGGUAGACUUGUGCGGGAACGAAUAGGUCCAGCGAUGCUAAGCGCUGUUCAAAGUCAGAUGGGAGCUGUGGAUACAACUUUCGAAGAGCUCUCGAGUAUUUUCGAUACCGGUGGCUCAAAGGGGUUAACAGGAGAUUUGGUCGAUAAAAUACCUAAAAUCAAGAUCACUGGCAAGAACAACUUAGAUGCUUCUGGCAACAAAGACUCAUGUUCUGUUUGUCUUCAGGAUUUUCAACUUGGUGAAACGGUGAGAAGCUUGCCACAUUGUCAUCACAUGUUUCACUUGCCUUGCAUAGACAAUUGGCUCUUCAGGCACGGAUCUUGUCCAAUGUGUAGACGCGAUCUGUAAUCUUCUUUCUUACCAUUUGCACAGUCUCUCCCUCUCUCUUCUUCUUCUUCUUCUUCUUGUAUGGCUGGUCGUAAUCAUGUGGUUAGUCUCUAUAUGUACAAAGAAAUGGAAAAAAGAAAAAAAGUUUUGAAUCAAGUUGAUCUUAACCAAACCCAUUAAAUUCA